AUGGGAGGCCUGGAGAAGAAGAAGUAUGAACGCGGCUCUGCCACCAACUACAUCACCCGCAACAAAGCCCGCAAGAAGCUGCAGCUGAGCCUGCCCGACUUCAGGCGGCUGUGCAUCCUGAAGGGCAUCUACCCCCACGAGCCCAAACACAAGAAGAAGGUGAAUAAGGGCUCCACUGCUGCCCGGACAUUCUACCUGAUCAAAGACAUCAGAUUCCUCCUCCAUGAGCCCAUCGUCAACAAGUUCCGGGAGUAUAAGGUGUUUGUCCGGAAGCUCCGGAAGGCCUACGGGAAGAGUGAGUGGAACACCGUGGAGCGUCUGAAGGACAAUAAGCCCAACUACAAGCUUGACCACAUCGUCAAGGAGCGGUACCCCACCUUCAUAGACGCCCUCCGGGACCUGGACGACGCCCUCUCCAUGUGCUUCCUCUUCUCCACCUUCCCCCGCACCGGCAAGUGCCACGUGCAGACCAUCCAGCUGUGCCGCCGGCUCACCGUGGAGUUCCUGCACUACGUCAUCGCCGCCCGCGCCCUGCGCAAGGUCUUCCUGUCCAUCAAAGGCAUCUACUACCAGGCCGAGGUGCUCGGGCAGCCCAUCGUGUGGAUCACGCCCUAUGCCUUCUCCCACGACCACCCGACAGACGUGGACUACAGGGUCAUGGCCACCUUCACCGAGUUCUACACCACCCUGCUGGGCUUCGUCAACUUCCGCCUCUACCAGUCCCUCAACCUGCACUACCCGCCCAAGCUCGAGGCCCACACGGAGGUGCAGGCCCGCGAGGACAGCUAUGCGUUGGACUCUGAGAGCUCCAUGGAGAAACUGGCCGCCCUCAGCGCCAGCCUGGCCCGGGUGGCGAUGCCUGCAGAGGAGGAGGCCGAGGUGGACGAGUUUCCGGCCGACGGGGAGACGGCGGCGCAGGAGGAGGCCCGCCGGAGGGAGCUGCAGGCGCAGGAGCAGCAGAAGAAGCUCUUCGAGGGCCUCAAGUUCUUCCUGAACCGGGAGGUGCCCCGAGAGGCCCUGGCCUUCAUCAUCAGGAGCUUCGGGGGGGACGUGUCCUGGGACAAGUCUCUGUGCAUCGGGGCCACCUAUGACGUCACGGACUCCUGCAUCACCCACCAGAUCGUGGACCGGCCCGGGCAGCAGACGCCUGUCAUCGGCAGGUGCUACGUGCAGCCCCAGUGGGUGUUUGACUCCGUGAACGCCCGCCUCCUCCUCCCCGUGGCCGACUACUUCCCCGGGGUGCCGCUGCCCCCUCACCUCUCCCCCUUCGUGUCCGAGAAGGAAGGGGACUACGUGCCCCCGGAGAAGGUGAAGCUGCUGGCCCUGCAGCGGGGCGAGCAGCCAGGAAAUCUGAAUGAAUCUGAAGAGGAAGAGGAGGAGGAGGAGGGGGAGGAGGAGGAGGAUGGUGAAGAAGGAGGAGAGAAUGAAGAGGAAGAAGAUGAUGUGGAGGCUGGCUCAGAAAAGGAGGAAGAGGCCCAGCUGACAGCUCUGGAGGAGCAGAGGAUGGAGGGGAAGAAGCCCAGGGUGAUGGCGGGCACCGUGAAGCUGGAGGACAAGCAGCGGCUGGCGCAGGAGGAGGAGAGUGAGGCCAAGCGGCUGGCCAUCAUGAUGAUGAGGAAGCGGGAGAAGUACCUCUACAACAAGAUCAUGUUCGGCAAGAGGCGCAAGAUCCGAGAGGCCAACAAGCUGGCGGAGAAGCGGAAAGCCCACGACGAGGCCGUGAGGUCUGAGAAGAAGGCCAAGAAGGCCAGGCCGGUGUGA